CAUCUCGGUCGUCCGCUUUGGAGCGUAUCUAAAGGCGUCUAGCUUCGCUCUAGAGUUCGAGCAGACAAAGGGGUCAUGCAUCAUUGUGUCUUAUACGGGUGUCCUCUUCAUCUCAUCUUUGUGGUCUUUCUUGAGUCUUCUUCAACUCGUUUGUUGCGUUUCAUAAUGUUAUCGGCUUUUAAGUGUUUUUUUCCUCUUUUGACGUUGCAAACGCGACGCGACAGAAGCACGGUCACGUGGGUCGUAACUUGCAUGAGACGAAGAAGCAAAGAGCAAAAGAAAGCAAGGAAAAGAUGAUAAAAAGCAAAUAAGAUGAAGGUGAACUUGAUAGCAGACAGAGAGGGAAGAUGGAUGACCUAGAUUGGAACAUGUGGUAGUCAUGUCGGAGGACUUUGACUAUGUCGCUUAUCCUCACACCUCUAUACAGGCCUGGUAGACGCUGAUAUAGAUCAUACCUAGAACACCGAGUCUCCAUAUAUUGCCAUCUAUUCCAUACAUAUUCUGCUCUGCUCAUCUUACUUAUUCUCAUUUCUUUUUCUGGUGUUCAUCACGAUCUCUCAGCACAUCUCUUCAUGUUCUUAUUACAUCCUGCCAUACAAAGUACGAUCCCAUGCUAUAUGCAGCUCGAGUCUAUAGAUCGAGUCACUAAACCACUAUCAACACAAGUGCGGCCAUGCAGUCCGAAUCCCAACUAUCUGUAUAUAACCCUGCAGCUUCUCCCACCACUUCCUGAUGCUUCAUCCUUUCCGUCUCUCGUCUUAUCAUCAAUUCCUAUGCAUCUUUUGCCAACUUCUUAUCGCUCUUCGUUUUUCGUUCGACCUUUUAAAAUGCCGCAAAAACCUUGCUGCUUAGUCAGCUUCCGGCCUGCUCGCCGACUUUUGCAUUUCGGCUUUUUCGUCGUUCUUGUGACUUCAACUUUCGACUUCGACUUCGACAUCACCAACUUCUCAUUCUCCUCAGCGCUCUCAGGAUACUUUGAAGACACUCGGUACAGACAAGAUGUCGCAGGAUAAGGCCCCAUUGCCGUUCGCCUACCAGUUUGCCGCUGGUGCGGUUGCCGGUGUCUCUGAGAUUCUCGUCAUGUAUCCUCUGGAUGUCGUCAAGACCCGAGUCCAACUUCAGACCGGUGCCGCCAAAGGCGCAGAGGGAUACAAUGGCAUGUUUGACUGCUUUAGCAAGAUUGUCCGGAAUGAGGGGUUCUCCCGCCUGUACCGCGGCAUUAACGCCCCUAUCCUGAUGGAAGCACCCAAGCGAGCAACAAAGUUCGCAGCAAAUGAUAGCUGGGGCGCCUUCUAUCGCAAGAUCUUCGGUAUGGAAAAGGCUAACCAGCCACUGGCUAUUCUUACCGGAGCCACUGCCGGAGCCACAGAGUCCUUUGUCGUCGUCCCCUUUGAGCUCGUCAAGAUCCGUCUGCAGGACAAGGAGUCCGCCGGUAAGUAUAACGGUAUGAUUGAUGUCGUUCGCAAGAUCAUCAAGCACGAAGGCCCCCUGGCACUGUACAAUGGUCUCGAGGCUACCCUUUGGCGCCAUAUUCUUUGGAACGCGGGAUACUUUGGCAGUAUCUUCCAGAUCAGGGCACAGCUGCCUGCAGUUGAAAAGGGAAACCAGAGCCAGCAGAUGAGAAACGAUAUCAUUGCCGGAACUGUUGGAGGAACUCUCGGAACAGUCAUCAACACCCCCAUGGACGUGGUUAAGUCGCGAAUUCAAAACAGCCCCAAGAUCGCCGGCUCUGUACCCAAGUAUAACUGGGCAUGGCCUGCGUUGGGAACUGUGAUGAGAGAGGAAGGUUUCGGAGCACUGUAUAAGGGAUUCCUGCCCAAGGUGCUUCGACUGGGCCCCGGAGGCGGUAUCUUGCUCGUUGUGUUUACUGCCGUGACGGAUUUCUUCCGCACCUUGAGAAAGGAGUGAUGUGUUGGUUAUUAUUUUGAAAAAUUUAUAUACCGGCUCGGGAUGUAGAUGACAGACGAGGCGUUGGCCGCCAGGCGAGCAUACUCCGGACGGAGACACAUUACAACCAUUUCUGGCGAUUCAGGCAUGCUGUUACUGGUAUAUAUGCAUGCGUCACUGCUAGAGCUCUCCGUUCUCCGUCCAGUAGAUGGACAGACAGACAGCUUCCUGAUGAUACCACUAUUUUUCUUCCGUACCUUUGGCGCAUAGACAUUGGCAUACUACAGGAAUAGAUUUCAUUACAUAUGUAUAUCUUUCCCUUUCUUACAUUUUCUGUUCAAACACAAGAGUAAAGUCAAUGAGUACGGUUCAUGUCGUUAUUAGGGGAUGAUAUUAACUACAUAAAUACAAAACAAGGCUAAUCGGAAAAGAAGAAAAAGAAAGAAAAACUGUACUACGAAUGGGAGGUAGAGAAAAGGGGGUCAAGUAAAGGAAAAGAAGACAUGUAAGGGUGGCAUGACAGCAUAGCCCAAGGAAAUAGGCAAAAGAGACAUGAACCAAUGGGGACUGGGGAAAUGGGGUAUGCAUGAAAUGUAUAUCAGAAAAGCCAUCAAUCAAUCAAUCAAUCAGGCAACUAACGUCUGCCAUGUGAAAAGUAGGAAAUAAAGGUCAAGCAGUACGUAGCGCAUGUACGCGGGACAUCAGCCAACCGCCUGAAAUGGAGAAAACCAAAAUAAGGAGAUAUGAGAAAAGGGAACCUGGGUACCCUGCUAUAUGUAUAAAAUAGAUCUGACGGGGAAGGAAACAAGAACCCGGGAGUGAGAUGGGAAUUCGGGGCGAAUGGAAGGACAGACAAGGCGCUGUGGGAUAUCAAAAUCGGUAUCAAUCAAUCAAUCAAUCAAUCAAUCAAUCGUGACUUCGUAGAUGUAUGUGUAUGUUGUGAUAUACGGGGAUAUAUGAAAGAGAUGGCCAAAAGGAGCUGGCAGGGGCGUAUAAGGAGAGGAAAGGGGGUGUUGGUAGUCAGGAGUGAAAUGCCAUGCAAUGCCAUGCAAUGCCAUGCCAUGCAUGAGAAAGCUAACAAGAAGACAAGCACGCAGGUGAGCAGAAGCAGCAGCAUGAAAAUAAAAAAUGAAAAGAAAAUCACGUAGCAAGGAGAAAGCCCGAAAUGUAUAAACGAAAUAACAGUGCAGCAGGAAGCUAAGCCUUCACCCGAUGCUGAGUCGCCCAACCUGACCCACUGACCAAAUCAUCUCUUUUCGAGCUGUAGAGACGAAGCAAGUAAACGCCACCGACCAUAUAUGCAAAACGUGGACCUAACCCUUAGAUGGAUAGUUGACUUGGAUAGCAAAAAAGAGGAAAGACAAGAUGGAAAAAGGAAGAUAUGGUUUCUUUCAUAUUUCCAUUGCAUAUUCGUCUUCUUCCUUGACGCUUAGGCCGAUGUGUCCUGAGCUAUUCCAGAACUGAGAGCUGUUGAAACCGGGACUGUUGCCCGAUGUUUGGGUCUGGGAUUGGGCUUGCGGUUGGGUUUGAGGUUGAGAUUGGUCUUGCGAGGGGCUGUUUGACUGAGGAAGCGAUUCGCCUGAGAUUGUUGUAUGUUUCGGGACGCGGAGCCCGCUUCCGACUCCACGAGAAUAAGAGAAGUUGACACCAUCGUUUGCCUCCAUGGCAUCGAAGACCUCUGUUCUCAUCCGGCGAUCUUCUUCGGUUUGCUCAAAGGGCCACUGACCACCAAGUGAGGCAAUGUACUCCGCGAGUUGGUCCUCCUGUUCGAGCUUGCGAUGUAGAGCCCACAUGAGGUCACGAGUCCAGCCGACAGCACCGUUGAGAAUGUCGCCCUUAUUGGGGCCUUUCUCCUUCUCCUCGAUGGGCAGGCCCAUAGUAAUGUUACCUGCGG